AUGGCACUUAAAAAAAUACUGUUAGCUAUUUCAUUAAUCCAUCUUAGUGUUGCUGAAGCGGAAAACUUGCCUUAUUCGCACUUAGUUCGCAUUCCCUCAGCCAGUAAAAUCGUAAAUGCAGUAAUUCAAGAACCAGCAACAACGAGACCGCAUUAUAAUUUUAACUACCAAGUGCAAGAUCCCUAUUCGGGUGAUAGGAAAAGUCAAGUUGAAGUACGUCACGGUAAUGUUGUCCAAGGAAGCUACUCUUUGAUCGAACCUGAUGGAACGAGGCGCAUAGUGGAUUACUACGCUGAUCCAAUCAGUGGUUUCAAGGCUGAAGUCCGGAAGGAGAUUCUUAAUAAUAAAUUGUUUGUUAACAGUAACGAUUAUUACUAA